AUGAUAAAAAGUACAACAGAAGAUUUCACAAGGUCUUCGGACAAGAGACCGAGAAGUGACAGCGAAGGCUCUGUGCGCGUGCCCCCGCACUUUGCCAUUCACAAGCCCGGGUGCCACUUCGAGAGCUGCUGUGGCAUCUGUAACUUGUUCCCUGGAGUGUUGCUCAUCGCUUUUUGCCAAGUGCUGGUCGGUUCUGUGCUUCUAACGCUAAUUUUGACUCAUGGGAAGCAGUACGAUAAAAUGCAUCAGACUUCCGAAUCUCAAUUGAUUAGUAUGUUUACUGGUGCGGUGUUGAGCGGAGUUACCGGUGCCGGUUUACUUCUCAUCAUUGUCGCACUCACUGAGAACUGUCGUGCAAUGCUGGUUUAUUUAUUGGUAGCAAUGCUCGUUCUGAUGGGAAUAGUGUCGCUCGCAAUUACCAAGAUCGGUCGAGCUUGCGUACGAUUUAAAGACGCUCCAAAAAUAAAGGAUGAACAACACAGAUUGGCGAACUUGGCGUGUGUCAGCGGGCUGUUCACAUUUUUUGGAGCAGUGUUAUACUUCUUCUCCUUUGUCGUUGUGUUUAGUUUUUACCACUUCCGGUAUAUUCGACGAGCCAUCUUAAUGCACGAAGCGGAAUGUGAAUAA